AUGACCUCAGAGACUGACAGCAGCUCGCUGACAAUCACUGGCGCAACAAGCACCAGCGCGAGCAGCAGCACUACGGAGAGCUCCAUGACGUUAACGAGCUCUACGGAGUCCAGCACCACCAGUCGUACAGCCACUUAUGCCAGCAGCACCAGUCUGACUAGCAGUGCUACGCUGACCUCAACGACAGAAACGAGCACCAUCAAAGUGACCAGCACGACUCCCACCAGCAGCACGACGAUGGGAACCACGACUGCGACUAGCACCGCCUCGCUCACUAGCAGCAGGACGUGGACUUCUUCGACUUCGACCACUCCAUUCUCCAGCACUGCGUCGGAGAGCUCCACGAGUGAGACAAGCACCGCAAGUCUCACAAGCGCCACUGUUAGUAGCAGCACCACUCUGGCAUCGACAAGUGUGACCAGCUCUGCGCUGAUUUCAGCUACUGGCAGCAGCUCGCUGACAAUCACCAGCGCAACAAGCACCAGCGCGAGCAGCAGCACUACGGCGAGCUCCAUGACGUUAACGACCUUCACGGAGUCCAGCACCACCAGUCGUACAGCCACAUACGCCAGCAGCACCAGUCUGACUAGCAGUGUUACGUUGACCUCAACGACAGAAACGAGCACCACCGCAGUGACCAGCACGACUGCCACCAGCAGCACGACGAUGGGAACCACGACUGCGACCAGCACCGCCUCGCUCACUAGCAGCAGGACGUGGACUUCUUCGACUUCGACGACUCCAUUGUCCAGCACUACGUCGGAAAGCUCCACGAGUGAGACAAGCACCGCAAGUCUCACAAGCGCCACUGUUAGUAGCAGCACCACUCUGGCAUCGACAAGUGUGACCAGCUCUGCGCUGAUUUCAGCUACUGGCAGCAGCUCGCUGACAAUCACCAGCGCAACAAGCACCAGCGCGAGCAGCAGCACUACGGAGAGCUCCAUGACGUUAACGAGCUCUACGGAGUCCAGCACCACCAGUCGUACAGCCACAUAUGCCAGCGGCACCAGUCAGACAAGCACCACCACGUUGACCUCAACGACAGAAACGAGCACCAUCACAGUGACCAGCACGACUCCCACCAGCAGCACGACGAUGGGAACCACGAGUGCGACCAGCACCGCCUCGCUCACUAGCAGCAGGACGUGGACUUCUUCGACUACCACUCCGUUGUCCAGCACUACGUCGGAGAGCUCCACGAAUGAGACACGCACCACGAGCCUCACAAGCGCCACUGUUAGUAGCAGCACCACUCUCGCAUCAACAAGUCAGACCAGCUCAGCUACAAUCAUUUUCACGAUGACCUCAGAGACUGACAGCAGCUCGCUGACAAUCACUGGCGCAACAAGCACCAGCGCGAACAGCAGCACUACGGAGAGCUCCAUGACGUUAACGAGUUCUACGGAGUCCAGCACCACCAGUCGUACAGCCACUUAUGCCAGCAGCACCAGUCUGACUAGCAGUGCUACGCUGACCUCAACGACAGAAACGAGCACCAUCACAGUGACCAGCACGACUCCCACCAGCAGCACGACGAUGGGAACCACGACUGCGACUAGCACCGCCUCGCUCACUAGCAGCAGGACGUGGACUUCUUCGACUUCGGCCACUCCAUUCUCCAGCACUGCGUCGGAGAGCUCCACGAGUGAGACAAGCACCGCAAGUCUCACAAGCGCCACUGUUAGUAGCAGCACCACUCUGGCAUCGACAAGUGUGACCAGCUCUGCGCUGAUUUCAGCUACUGGCAGCAGCUCGCUGACAAUCACCAGCGCAACAAGCACCAGCGCGAGCAGCAGCACUACGGAGAGCUCCAUGACGUUAACGACCUUCACUGAGUCCAGCACCACCAGUCGUACAUCCACAUAUGCCAGCAGCACCAGUCUGACUAGCAGUGUUACGUUGACCUCAACGACAGAAACGAGCACCACCGCAGUGACCAGCACGACUGCCACCAGCAGCACGACGAUGGGAACCACGACUGCGACCAGCACCGCCUCGCUCACUAGCAGCAGGACGUGGACUUCUUCGACUUCGACCACUCCAUUGUCCAGCACUACGUCGGAAAGCUCCACGAGUGAGACAAGCACCGCAAGUCUCACAAGCGCCACUGUUAGUAGCAGCACCACUCAGGCAUCGACAAGUGUGACCAGCUCUGCGCUGAUUUCAGCUACUGGCAGCAGCUCGCUGACAAUCACCAGCGCAACAGGCACCAGCGCGAGCAGCAGCACUACGGAGAGCUCCAUGACGUUAACGAGCUCUACGGAGUCCAGCACCACCAGUCGUACAGCCACAUAUGCCAGCGGCACCAGUCAGACAAGCACCACCACGUUGACCUCAACGACAGAAGCGAGCACCAUCACAGUGACCAGCACGACUCCCACCAGCAGCACGACGAUGGGAACCACGAGUGCGACCAGCACCGCCUCGCUCACUAGCAGCAGGACGUGGACUUCUUCGACUUCGACCAUUCCAUUGUCCAGCACUACGUCGGAGAGCUCCACGAGUGAGACAAGCACCAUGAGCCUCACAAGCGCCACUGUUAGUAGCAGCACCACUCUCGCAUCAACAAGCGUGACCAGCUCUACGCUGAUUUCAGCUACUGGCAGCAGCUCGCUGACAGUCACCAGCGCAACAAGCAUCAGCGCGAGCAGCAGCACUACGGAGAGCUCCAUGAAGUUAACGAGCUCUACGGAGUCCAGCACCACUAGUAUUACAGUCACCUAUGCCAGCAGCACCAGUCUGACAAGCACCACCACGUUGACCUCAACGACAGAAACGAGCACCAUCACAGUGACCAGCACGACUCCCGCCAGCAGCACGACGAUGGGAACCACGACUGCGACCAGCACCGCCUCGCUCACUAGCAGCAGGACGUGGACUUCUUCGACUUCGACCACUCCAUUGUCCAGCACUGCGUCGGAGAGCUCCACGAGUGAGACAAGCACCAUGAGCCUCACAAGCGCCACUGUUAGUAGCAGCACUACUUUUGCAUCAACAAGUGCGACCAGCUCUGUUAUCAGCACUACCACGCUGACCUCAAAGACUGGCACAAGUUCGGUUUCGAGCACCAGUGCGAGCAGCAGCACUACAGAGAGCUCUAUGACGUUAACGACCUUCACGGAGUCCAGCACCACCAGUCGUACAGCCACCUAUGCCAGCAGCACCAGUGAGACUAGCACCUCCACGCUGGCCUCAACGACAGAAACGAGCACCACCACAGUGACAAGCACGACUGCCACGAGCAGCACGACGAUGAGCACCACGACCGCGACCAGCACCACCUCGCUCACUAGCAGCAGGACGUUGACUUCCUCGACUUCGACCACUUCUGCCUCCAGCACCACAUCAGGGAGUUCCACGAGUGGGACCAGCACCAUGAGCCUUACCAGCACCACCAGAAGUAGCAGCACCACUUUUGCAUCGACAAGUGCGACCAGCUCUGUGACCAGCUCUACCACGCUGACCUCAAAGACCAGCACAAGUUCGUUGACGAGCACCAGCGUCAGCAGCAUGACUCUGACGAGCGCCAGCACCAGCAGCACAACUGCCAGCAGCACGGCUUCGUGGACCUCCACGACUGGUUCGAGUUCUGGUACUACCAGCACCACACUCAGUUCCGCAACUGAGUCCAGCAGCACUUCUCAAAGUAGCACGAUCUCGCUGAGCUCUGCGUCCUGGACCAGUUCUGGUACCAGCAGCACCACGCUCAGUGCCACAACUGUCUCCAGCAGCACAACGUUCACAAGAACCAGCGACAGCAGCAGCACGUCGCAAAGUUCCACGUCUGGGACCAGUUCUGGCACUACCAGUACCACGCUCAGUGCCACAACUGUCUCCAGCAGCACAACGCUCACAAAAACCAGCGACAGCAGCAGCACGUCGCAAAGUUCUGCGUCUGGGACUAGUUCUGGUACUAGCAGUACCACGCUCAGUGCCACAACUUUCUCCAGCAGCACAACGGUCACAAGCACCAGCGCAAGCAGUAUCACGACGUUGAGUUCUACGUCCAGGACCAGCUCUGUUUCUAGCAGCAGCACGCUCAGUUCUGCGACAGAAUCAAGCAGUAGCACUCGCACGAGCACCAGUAAGAGUAGCACGGCUUCGUCGAGCUCCACCACGGUAUCCAGUUCCUCCACCUCUGCAAGCACUUCGACGUGGAGUUCCACCACUGACACCAGCACCGUAACGAGCAGCACGUCGGCGACCUCUACAUCGGAAACCAGCACCACCUCGCUUACAAGCACUAGCGUCACCAGCAGCACGACGUCGAGCUCCGCGACUGGCACCAGCACCUUUACGAGCAGCACUUCGUUGAGCUCCACAACGGAAAGCAGCACCAGCUCCUUGUCAACCACUAGUGCUAGUAGCUCUGUGUCGAUGAGCUCCAUGACCGACACCAGCAGUGGUACUAGCAGCACCACGCUGAGCUCCACGACGGAAAGCACGAGCACCAGUGCCACAAGCAGCACUUCACUCAGCUCCGUCACCGACAGCAGCACCACCCUGACCUCCACCACACAAUCCAGUACCACAGUAUCUGCCACUAGUACAGGCACUAGUACAAACACGAGGAGCUCGACAACUGGAAGCACAACUACCUCGUUGACCAGCGUCAGUGCCAGUAGCUCUUCGUCUUCGAGCUCCGCGACUGACACCAGCACUAGUAGAAGCAGCACCACGCUGAGCUCCACAACCGAAAGCACAAGCUCGAGUGCUACAAGCAUCACUUCAGUCAGCUCAACGGUAUCUUCCAGCUCCAGUACCAUUAGCACCAUCUCGACCUCCGCGACGGACACGAGUUCUGCUACACUCACCACCACCUUGAGCUCCACAACUGGCACCAGCUCUGACACCAGCAGCACCACCGCGAGCACAAGCAAGACCAGCAGCACCACGUACACCGACACCACGACAGGCUCCAGCACGUCGACUGUGACCGUCACGAACACCAACACCAGCAGCACGACACUUACCCUGACAACCACGCCUUAUACCACCACCGUCACCACCGCGACGUCGUUGACCCUCACGUCGUCGACCGCUACCUCGACGACCCUCACCUCGACCACGGACAGCAGCACCACUGGGACCAGCAGCACUACACCGCACACCACGACGAUCACGUCGACCAGCACUACAGAGACUAGCUUGACAACCACGCUCACCAGCUCCACUAUCACGAGCACCUUGACCAGUACCACAGGCAGCAGCACCUCGGAGACCAGCACUGUCACGACAGUCUCCACCAGCCUCACUUCCACAGUUACCACCUCCUCAACGACCUCGACUGUCACCACCACCGACACCUCCACCACUUCUAUCACCUUGAGCGCCACCUCGUCGACGACUAUCUCGACCACAAUCUCUAACACUUCCACCACUACCGCCACUACGAGCGCCACCUCUUCGACGACUAUCUCGACUUCGACCACUACGACCACGACCACCACCACAACAACCACUGAGGAGACAUACCAUGUGUCUGGGACGGUGAUCUUUCAGGUUGGCAACGACACCAGCUUGACAGCGGGUCAAGUGGAAUCUGCAACUUUGGCCGCUCUGCCAGAUGUCCUGGGGGGUGAAGCAAUGCGGGACCAGAUUUCCGAUGCUUUGUACGCUGUGGCCACAUAUUACAAUUACUCUGUGACAAGAAGGUUGAGCAGUGGCACUGCGGCUGUGAACAUCAUCUGGACGGUGGAGUACACUGCUGAGCUCUACAGAACAGUCAUGGAGGAGGUAGUGCGCAGUUCAUCGGAACUGGCGAUCAAUAGCACCGCUUUCCUGACCGAGCUGUCAGAUCAGCUGAUUGCGGUGGCGAACCUGAGCAGCGAUGCUGUCGCGUCCCUCGUGGUCGUCGGAUUCGAAAGCGUGAGCGCGCUAGUCAUCACGAAGACCGAGACAAGCACCCGAACCUCGUCCAGUUUCUCGAGUACGACGUCAGAAACUGCCACGUCAUCGACAGCCACGUCGGCAACGACGACGACGACGACGGUCGAUCCUCUGCAGUUGCUGAAGACGGAUCUCACCUGGGCGUACACGACAUUCGUGAUGACAUUCAACGCUGGCGUGGUGUUCCCCUAUCCGGCAUCUUCGGAUUGCACGAGCAUGUUCGCCACGGAGUCUUUCGAUGCCCUCGGGCGGCCCACGGACUGCAGCUUCAACCGGGACCGCACCAUCUUCCGCGCGGUGCUGGGCGCGUCUGCCACCGUGCUGCUUGGCGAAAACGUUUCCACGAGGCCGCUCACGCGGCUGGGCAACGGCGCGGUCAUCUCGAAGGGCUUCACGUCCGUCGUGCACUCAACCGAGGCCCCGAUCUCGGUGCAGGCGGUGCUGUCGUCCCUGCCGCAGGCCGCGCAGCCCUGCAACAACAUCGUGUUCUCGAGCACCGCGUCGGGAGCCGCUGGCAGAGCGCUCGGGAUCACCUGGCGCUUCGGGCCGGCGACACCCGCGGAGAUGGUGCCGCCCCUGCUGCCGAUCCUGCGGGCGGCGAACGCCUCCCAGAGCGCACUCGUGCGCUUCGGCGCGGCCGACUUCUACGCGGCCGCGCAGGCGGCGAUGAACGCGUCUGGCUGGAGCUCGGGCUCGCCCGUGUUCCUGGAGCUGGUGGUCGAGGCCACCAGCUGGCUGGGGUCCACGUCGUCGGCGUCGGCCGCCGUGGAGGUCCUUCCGGAGGCGGAGCUGCUGCCGACGCUGACCCCCAACACGCCCGUGGUGCUGACGCCAGACUUUGAGAGGGAGCUGACGCUGUCUGUGUCGACGGGCUUCGUGUCGCCCUCGGUCUGCACCGGGCUGGCCUACUCCCGCCCGCCUCCGAUGGCGCUGCGCUGGGAGAUCUACGGCUUCGACGGCAACCUCACGUGGAUCCCGCUGGGCGAUGCGGCAGGGCUGACUGACCUGGCCCGCUCCAGUAAUGUGGUGACCUUCGCGCCCUUCACCUUUUCCUCGGAGACCAACUACUCGCUGCGAGUGACUGCCGCGUUCGAGGACACUCCCUCGACGGUGGUGCUGCCCGAGGUGGUCUUCCAGCUGCGGGUCAAGCCCCCGCCGCCGCCCGUGGCUGUCCUCUCGGGGCCGGUCAGUGUCACGUCCUCGUGCGGGUUUGCCCUCAGCGGCUCGGGCUCGUACGAUCUCGGCGCGGUGCCGCUGUCGUCCUGCGUGUACGACUACAGCAGCCUGGGGUAUGCAGACUGCGACGCCGCCAUAGCUGCAUUUGCCGCGGAGGGCUUUCUCAUCACCUGCGCGCUGUUGCAGGAGAGUUACGGCUGGUUCUGCAAUGGGUGCCAGUGCGCUGGCGACGACGUAGACUAUCCAUUUACCCCAGCUCUCACGUACAUGUGGUCGUGCGCGGCCGUGUCAGACGGCGACGGCAGUCCGAACUGCACCGCCGUCGCCAAUUUUGACGCUGCGCACGCCGCCCUCACCGACGGCACGGGGGCCUCGGGGGAGUUCCUGCGCAUUGACGGGGGCCGCCUGCCCCCGGGCACCUACGAGUUCUCGCUGACGGCGAGCCGCUCGACAUCGGUGGGCGUCUCCAGCACCGCGGUCCACACGGUCGUGGUGGACCAGGCAGGACCGCCGCCGGUCGAGAUCUCAACGCCCUGGGUGGCUAUGGAACGGGUUUCCGUGCUUGUCGGGGAGUUCUCCGCAACCAGCGCCACCCUGCAAGCCAGCUCGGGCUGCCAGGUAUCAACGUCGUGGUUCUUCGCGUGGGCCCUGGUCUCCCCAGCGGGGGCUACCACGGUGGCCACCCCUGGGCUCAACGGCUCCGAUGGCACCGUCGAGGCCGUCCAGGAGUGGGCGGUGGAGAUGUUGUUGGACACGCAGGUCCAGGAGGUGGCCUCGACCGCCCAGUCGACGAACGUGCUGGCGACGACAGCGGCGGAGGGCAUGCGAGGCCAGCUCACGGCAGGCCAGGAAGUAUGCCCUCGUGCUCCUCGUUCUGCCCGAGACCGUGGCCCCGGGCGAGGCGCCGGACCUGGAGGGGCUGGGCACCGUCUCGGCCUGCGAGGCUCUCGGCCUCUUCGCCACGUUCUCGGCGCGCUUCGUGGCGGACGGCACGCCGACUCCAGGCGUUGUGUCUGUGAGCCCGAUGUCGGGCUUUUCUGUCGUGACGCCCUUCACCAUUUCCACGCUCGCAUGGACCGAUGAGGAGCCCGCAUCGCUCGAGUACGCGAUGUACCGCUUCCCGCAGUCUGGGCCCACCGAGAGCUGGGUGCUGCCGAUCAUCGAAUGGGACGACCCUCGAAGUCCAAGGUACUGGUCGAAGCUGGGAGGGGCGCUCCUGCAGGACUUCGAUUCCUCGUCCCAGCUUGCAGACAUGAUUCUGCCCACAGGGACAUUCUUCAUAUUGGUGAGGGCCAAGGAUCGUCUUGGUGCUAUCGGCACAGCCACGGUGCCUGGCGUCGAGGUCGCGGUUUCGGAGAACGAGCUAACGGCUGCCAACCUCUUGUCAGUGUUCGAUUCUUCGUUGAUUUCGAACAAUGCGGGCGCAGUCCUGCACACGUUGGGGGCGGUGACCUCUGCCACCGCUUCCGGAGACAACGAGACGCUGAAGCAGAUUGCGGUGCAGGAGUCACUGAGCGCACUCACCUUCGUCGUAGACAUCUUCCAGCCCGACUCCGCCGGCGUGACCCAGCUCGGAUCGACCAUCAGCUCCAUGGUAUCGGCUGGCAGCGGCGCCAUGAGCGUGGACAACCUUCUUGCCGUCCACAGUGUCGUGGGGUCAGCUCUCGGCGUCGCUCUCGCUUCUGGCGGCGGCGUCGACAACGCUGGCGGCAGUGCGAUGUUGAGCAGCCUUUCCUCGAUCAACGCAGCCAGCUCGGGCUUUUCAUCAGGGGCGCGAUCGGCGGGGACGAUUGUUAGGUCAUUUGCUCAGCAGCAGACUCUCGCAGCGACUCUGAUCAGUGUGACUAACCAGCUCGGCACGACGGCCGCAAGCGUAAUGACCGCCGGCACGGAGCAGAUGCUGGAUGGGACGGACGCCUCUGGCACAGGGGCCCAGAUGGGGUUGGCCAAAAUGCUGUCCAUCUCGGGCGACGGUGUCGGGGUGUCGGGCCUGUCGUGGGGGUCGCAGGCCCGGCGGCUGUCGUCGACACCGUGCUCGGAUAUUUCCAUCCAACAGACCAACUGGAUCAACAGCAACCCACACUCGUACGCAGACCCGACAAAGGGUCAGGUGCUGCCGCUUUCGAAUGGUCCGUUGAACGGGUACGUGCAUGCGAACUCGUCCGUGAAGAUUCUCUCCAUGGAGGAGUGCGGGGAGCCGAUCGAGUACGUCCAGGGCGAUGGCCGCCGCCUGGUCAUCACGCUGGACGGCACAUCGCCGCUCGAGGUGACGCUGACCAUGCCAGCCACCCCGGCCGUGGCUGAGGAAGGCUAUGGUUGGGAUCCUGUGUGCGCUUGGUUCAACGAGACUGGUGGGGAGUGGAUAGCCGAUGGAGCGGCGAUCGUUGGCUCCGUGAGCGAGUCUGGCGGAGACGUGACGUGCCAAGCCUCGGUCGGCGGCUCAAACAUGGCAUACACUGGGGUCUGGGUAGAGCUCCUGCUCCCGACCACGACGACCACCACGACCACGGCGACAAGCACUACGUCGACGACAAGGACCACGUCGACCACCACGAGUUCGUGGGCUUGUGAGGUAGUGCUGCUUCCCAGCCCUUACUGGCGGGCGCCGUGGAACUGCUCUUGGGUCUCGGAUCCCAGCUAUGAGAGCGAGACCGGCCUCGCCCCCAGGGAGAAUUACGUGUGCGUGUCCCCCUGCGCUGAAGGCAGCACGUUCACCACGACGGUCCACUGCGACGGCUCGAAAUGGGUGCCCGUGGAGCUGUGCCCUACAAGCACCGAGAACGACGGCGUGGGGCUCUUUGGGGAGGACACCGUGCUGAUAGCUGCGGCUGGCGGCGGCUUCACCGCCGUGCUACUGCUGGCCGCCUGUCUCAUGUGCUGCUACCUGUGUUACCACCACCGCCAGGCGCUCAAGGACAAGGAGGAGCCGCUGGUGGAGAGCCACGUCCCCUGGGAUGAGGACGAGCCCGCCUACGAGGCCCGCAGCAGGCCGAACCUGCGCCUCUCUGCCAGUCCGCGGAGCGGCCACGGCUCGCAGCAGGACAAUGCCUUCCGGGAGUGGGCCAACGACUGGACCGCUUCCCACCUCGUUCCGGGCGAGCAGGAACCCCGCCGCGCCUGGGAGCCCCCGACGCUCGAGGGUCUGCCGCCGCCCCCCCGGCUGCUGAACGACCCGUCGCCCGAGGCGAUGCCCCAGCUCGGCCUCCCCCCGGGCUCCCGCAUCGAGGAGGUCGGCGUGGAGGAGGACCCGAUGUUCUGGGAGUGGGCGCGCGAGUGGUCCCAGCUGCGCGGCGGCGCGCAGCCGGAGGCUCCUCCGCUCGCUCCGGCCGCCACGCCACACGGGCGCGCGCCUCGGCUGUCGCCGUCGCCCACGGCGGGCGCCGCAGGCGGCAGCGGUGCAUAGUUCUCCCGUGGCGUUUCACCUCCUCGUGGUGCUGGGCGGCCGUCGUCGCCCCGUGCCCGAGUGCUUCGACCUGUUUGCUCAAGGUCCUCGUCCUCUGGGCCCACUGCAGCCUUGGGCUCUGCGAGGAGCUCCUGUCGCUUUUCGCAGGCUCCACGCCAGACCUGGUGCACGCAGCCACUUAGCAGCCAUUAGUUUCUUGUGAUCUGCGAGGGCAUGCCACAAGUAUCCAGUUGCCCGGCCGUGGAUAUCAGCCACCGCGCUGUGAAGGAGGGUUCGGGACUGGGCGGGGGGUGGAUUUGCGUAUAUGUGUCCGGGCCAGUCUCAGCGCACCGCACCGUCGUUGGUGCUCAUGUCAUGUUGCGGCGCCCGCCAGCAGAGUGCCCUCGCUCGGCUGGGUGUGCGCUCUGCGUCUCACCGCCCCCGCCGCUUGCCUUCGGCGGGCUGUGCUGAUCAUCUGCUCCCCCAGCUGCUGAUUUGCUUCCCCAGCAGCGGAGCUCCACGGCCUGCUGCCAUGAUGGCAUACUG